GACGGUGAAUCGAACCUUAAUUAUUCCAUAAAAAUAUCCCACGUCUUCCAUUCUUCUUCCUCUUCUCUCGCUCUUUCUGUGUAUCACGGGAAAUCUCGACGAUAUUGAUCAUAGAUUCGAUCACUUGUUAAUCGACGGUGACGUUAGCCGCGUUCUUUAUGGCUUUCUGACAGUUCCUGCAAAAAUGGCUCGAUGGGAUGUCUUGUAUCUUCAGUGUUUACUGCUCCUUGCGAAUAAUUACGUGAAAUACAGCACGUGCAUAGAUUAUGGUCGACAAUACGAUGAAUACGGUAUGGAGUUGGACAAGAUUUGUCACACGCUUGGCAAAAAGUCAACUAUCGAGAUCACGAAUACAGCGGCAAUAGUCCGACCUAAGCACAUGUUCGAUCGAUGGACAUCAGUUAUUAAAAAUGUUCAUUGUAAAUUCGUUUUCAAAGUAAAAAGGGCUGGAUUGUUCGGUGUGAUACAAAAAAUGUCUUUCAGACAAAAUUCAACGGAUUGUAUAGACUACGUACAGUUCAAAAGGAAAGACAACCAUCGGACGCAGAAAUUUUGUGGUACGCUUGAUCGUAGUAAAAUAAAGUAUUACUCAGUUUCUGAGCCUGGAAACAUUUUAUAUGUGCCUGGAACAACACCACAAACAGCAUGGAACUUUGCUGAACACGAUCCGGGUGAAUAUAAGUCCGGAGGAGAAUUAGAAACUGAAAUAUUCAUUUCAAAAGAGAAAUUACGGGACGGGGAAUUCCUUGCUCUCAGCAUUGUUUAUACUCCAUAUAAAAAUUGCAGCAAUGUGAACAAAACCGAAUAUACGUCGGUUGGCUUCAACACCUGUUUGCGGAAUGAAUUCUUUUGCGAUGGAAUUUAUAAUUGUGCCCCAUUGAUUUGUUCGGAUGAAGAGAAUUGUCUAUACAACAAUGAGAUCACUAGCACUGGAACUGGUACAAAAGUAACCGUGGGUGCGGUGACUACAUUAAUUUUGUGUUUCAUCAUAUUUGUUAUGUGCCUAUGGAUAUGUAAACGAUCGCAAAAGUUAUGUUGGUCUCUGGAUUGUGCCGAUCCAAGCGCGUGUUCUACAAGACCAGGCCCGUUGCCACGUGAACCUGAAGGAUCUGCAAAUCCACCGGUUCCCACUGCUCCGAUGCUGGAAGUUGCUGUUUCCUCGUCCGUUGCCGAUAAAGAUCUGCCACCUAGUUACGAUUCAUUAUUUCCAGAACAAAGUAAUCCCGUUAGAUCAUAAUCGUAAGUUACUAAAUGUAAUUAAUAAGUAUUGACAGCGUAUUAUCUAAUGUUUUAAUUAGAUAUUGCUGUAUACAGUGCAGUCUUCAUAUGUAUGGUAUGAAUGAGUGCCUUCCUAUACG